UUUGACGUUUUCAUUCAUCUCUUGCAGAUCGAUGAAUGGGAACGUAAACAAAAAUUUGCCUUCGUGGUUCGGCUUCAGUAGUAAAACUUUGCACUCGUGGGAAAAAAAUCGCUUCGCGGCUGCUUCCGUAAAAAGAUGUGAGAAACCAUCAGUGCAGCUUCUGCCCGUCCACGUAGAUUAUUAUAUUCCGAAACUGUGUUAAAUAAUUGAAAGAAUUAUUUCAAAUCGCUGUCUGAUAGAGUACCUAAAAGAAUAUCACCACAAUGAACCAAGAAAUCCGCAUAAAAACGAAGCACUUUUACGCCUUGCUGGUGAUAUUAGGCUUCCUGCUGAUUUAUAGCUUAAGUUCGAACCGAGGCUGUGAUAGCACCACCGAUCAAACGCAACUGGAUCGGCGAGCCUUCCAGGAGAACCGGGAGGCCUUCAUUCCGAACCAGAAGGGACCAACCAUUUACGCCAUCACGCCAACGUAUGCGAGACCCGUGCAAAAAGCGGAACUGACCAGGUUAUCACACGUAAUUCGCCUUGUGCCGAAUGUAUUUUGGGUGAUCGUUGAGGAUGCCGAGCACACAACCACCCUAGUCACGAACCUCCUGAGGCGAAGUGGCCUGCAAGACCGAAGCGUUCAACUGUCUGCCAAGACACCUACAAAUUUCAAACUGCAAGGCAAAGAUCCCAACUGGCUUAAGCCACGUGGUGUGGAACAACGCAACAAAGCCCUGGAAUGGGUGAGACAGCACAUGACUGAGAAUGGAGGGCGGGAACGACAUUCUGUGGUCUAUUUUAUGGAUGACGAUAACACUUACAGUACAGAACUGUUCGCAGAGAUUUCAAAAAUCGAGAGAAAUAAGGUUGGCGUAUGGCCGGUUGGAUUGGUUGGGGGUUUAAUGGUCGAAAAGCCCGUCCUCAACCGAGACGAAAUAGUCCUUGGAUUCAACAGUGCUUGGCGUCCGGAGAGACCAUUUCCUCUGGACAUGGCUGGAUUUGCCAUUAGCUCUGAUUUGCUUUUGGACAAUCCGCAAGCCCAGUUCAGCUACGAAGUGGAACGUGGCUAUCAGGAGAGUGAAAUCCUUCGUCAUCUAACCAUUGUUCACGAAAUGCAGCCGUUGGCAAACAAGUGCACUGAAGUCCUCGUGUGGCAUACGCGGACAGAAGCACCGAAACUCGAUGCCGAGAAGCAACUUGUAAAGUCUGGGAAGCACUCCGAUACCGGAUUAGAGGUGUAAGCAUAGUCUAAGACGAAUCCAAUAAUGAUUUUGUCAGAACUGACUCAAAACAAGUGUGGCUUAUGAAAAUGUUCAACAUAAUACUUGUGAAACACUCGUAACUUACGAAGAAUCAUUUUUAUUAGUAUAAUUUUGCUAAGCAAUUUUUCCUGUCCGUAUAAUUUGUGUGUUGCUCAUUUACGAAGCAGUAUUAAAUUAUUUGGUAGACAUAGUUGUACAUGAUAUUACAGACAAAGAACUCUACGUAACGCUAAACCGAUUAUUAGGUGAACAAGAAUUACAGAAAGAUAAAAAAAUGUCCAUUCGACAACUUUUGCAU